UACACGUUUUGUGUAGGGGUAGUAACGCACUACGUUUAAAUUACGUAAUGAAAUUACAAAAGUCAAGUACAUGUAGUUAGAGUAGGAUAGGUUUUAUUUUACUAUUUACACGAUUACAUAUUAGCAAGGUAACGUGAUUUACUGAUUUUGCCCCUACAUUGAAAAGAGAUGUCAGUGGCAGAGCCUGCUCUGAAGAUGGAGGGGAUUCGUAUAUCAUUGGACAAGUGGAUUUACAAACAGCAUUUCACUUUCAGGGAGGAAAGGGGUAGAAACAUAACUGUUCAAUGCAAUCUCUGCCUUCCAAAAAUUAGGAUGUUGUCCUCCGCGAGAAACUCCACAUCUAAUCUAAAGAAGCACUUAGAGAGAAAGCAUGCUUCGCUGUGUGUGAAGACCGAGAGCAGGGACGGAGAAAGUGAUUCUGAAUAUCAAACUGGAAGACCACCUGCAACUAAACAUUCUAAGCUGGAUCACACCAUUUAUGACACAUCACAAUCAAGAUUAAAUGCCCUGGUUUUUAAUUUUAUUGUGGAGGAUGUGCAACCCAUUUCGAUUCUAGAGCAACCUGGCUUCAGGAAGUUGAUCGAAGUGUUAAGCAGAGGCAAAAAGGUCAUGAGUCGCAAGGCUUUUGUUUCAAGGCUUCAAGCUGCAUACUAUAAAAUGAACGAGGAGCUAAAAGUCAAACUCGAAAAAGUGCAGUCAGUAUGUACAACUGCUGAUAUAUGGACAGUGAACAGCAGAAGCUACUUUGGGAUGACCUGUCACUGGCUUGAGAACAAUCUCGAAAGGAGGUCUGUCGCUCUGGCCUGCACACGAAUCCAGGGAAGACACACUUGUGAAACAGUUAUAGCUAAAAUUCAAGAAAUUCAUGCUUUCUACAACAUUGAGAGCAAAGUUCGAGCUACUGUCACCGAUAACGAAAGUCAUUUUGUGAAAGCCUCCAAAGACUUCUCAUCUGAGGAUGACCGUGAAGUUGAAGAAGGUCACUUUGAGGAUUUGGGCAGCAUUCUUUGUGAGGAAGAAAAUGGUGGAGGCUUCUUUCUAAGCUAUUUCUUACCACCCCACCUAAGGUGUGCUGAGAAAACAUUGAACUUGAUUGCCUCAAAGGACCUUGCGGAUGCCAUCUCAAAGGGAUGGUCUCAUAAAAUUCACAAUAGUUCAACUGCAAAAUGUACAGCAAUAUGGCACAAGGCCUGUUGCUCUACUGAAGUUGCAGACAUGGUGGAAUCCAUUACAAAUAUGAAAUUCAAUGUUCCUCGCAUGAAUCAGUGGAGCUCAGAAUAUUUUGCCAUUCAGAAAAUAAUGUCACUUACUGAUUCGCAACUCACAGAAUUGCUCGACUUCUUAGAUGUCCCACAUUUUACGCCCGAUGAAGUGGCUUAUCUCAAAGAAUACACAGAUGUUUUCAAAUCAGUGGGUGUUGCGCUUGACCUUUUACACGGAGAACAAAACUGCUUCCUUGGUAUUGUGCUACCAACAUUGUUAACCCUUAAAAGGAAGCUCCAGGAGAAGAAGCCAAACACACGCUUUUUCUCGGAGGUCAUCGACAACACCGUUAAAGCUAUCGAUACUCACUUCAAGCAGGUAUUUGACAGUCCUGAUGCCAAAUUAGCCACUACCACCAUGCCACAGUUUCGAUUGUGGUGGUUACCAGAAGGUGAAAGACAAUCUGUACGGACACAAUUAGUUACUGAGGUUUCUCAGGUACAAAUAGGGAAUGAGGAAUUUGACACUAGUGGUCAAACUCUUCAUGAUGAUGAAUUCUUCUCAUAUGGACCUGGAUGUUCUGGAAACAGAGAUGGGAAAAUGGGAGCAAGUGAAGAGGUUCGGAUGUACCUGGAGGGCGCAAACAAAGAUCUGAAAUGUCUAAAUGAAUUUCCUCGUGUGAAGAAAGUAUUCAUCAAGUUCAAUACAACUCUGCCCUCGAGUACCCCAGUAGAACGGCUGUUCAGCCAUUGGUGCUCCUCAAAAAGUAACAAUCUCACAGAUGAAGAUUUUGAGCAUGUACUCCUUUUAAAUUACAACAGCAAAACAUGCCCUUUGGCAUUUCUGUAGUGGAUGGACCAGGGUUUCUGUUUUCAAAAAUCUAGUAUGGUUUUUUGAUUUAAAGCUGAAGUGUGUUAUUUCUGCAGCACUAGCACCACCAAAUGGAAUUAAAAAACAAACAUUGUUUUCAAAACAUCUUUCUGAAUACACCCCCCAACCCAUUGAUCUUGGCCUUUGUUGAGUCAGUGUUGUGUCUCUUGACAACAAAUGGGUCUCUCAAAACAAACAGAGAAAUUUUCAUAGCACCACAGAGACACAGUGUUUACAGUUUUCUGUAAAAUUAACCUUUGAAUGGCUUACUUAUAGUUGUCUCUGCAUAUUAAGCUGGGAUGGGAGAAAGUAUUUUAGCACACUUCAGCUUUAAAAUGGCCCAAUGUUGGCAAAUUCGAAAACACAAUGUCCAGUGAAAAUAUUAACAAAGAGCAGACAAGCCUAAUUUUUGUUUUAAAGAGAAAGGACUUGAUAAAUAAUCACAAUUGUACAGCGCAUCUCAUGAAAACAGUGCUUCAUGGCUACGGUGUUGAAUUUUCUUCAGACAGUUUGCAAAGUCGUAAUCCACAGCUACAUCAAGUUGGAUGCAGAGUGGGCAACACUGGCAAUAGCAUUGUCAUUCUGUAGCAUGUAUAGAGAGAUCCAAGGUGCUUCUGUGCCAUGAAGUUGUUGCACUUAGAAAUAAAUUAGUCUAUGUGAUAAAUUAUUUGAACAUUUAAUGAUUUAGUAAUGUUUUUUAUAGUUCUUUCUAAAUGAAAAGAUAUGUCAAAUUGCUGUCUUUUUGGUAGCCUUGCCCUCAUAUUUUGUGUUGAUUUAUUUAAAGAUGCUAUUAGAUGCUUA